AUGUCGCGUUAUCGCGAAUGGGAUUUAUCUUGCAAAGUAUAUGUAGGUAAUUUGGGUACAAAUGCUUCUAAGUAUGAAAUUGAAAAGGUGUUUUCUAAAUAUGGAAACAUCCGAAACGUGUGGGUUGCGAGAAAUCCACCAGGAUUUGCAUUUGUUGAAUUUGAAGAUCCUCGUGACGCAGAAGAUUCAGUUAGAGGUUUAGACGGAACACGCUGCUGUGGAACACGUAUCCGUGUUGAAAUGUCAAAUGGCCGAACAAGAAGAGAACGCAGGUACUCAAGGUCCAUUUUAUCAACCAACCACCAACACACCAACGACCUCACCACAUCUCUUCACCACAACUACGGCUUGUUUACAAAUAAGACAUCCGCGAACGCCGCUCGCAACAACAUACCGCUCAACUUCUGCGAUCGGCUCUCCAAACUUCUACGCGCAGCUGAAGUCUUCAACAACUGCGUCCCUAUAUCUAUCCUUUUAACAGCCAUAACC